GGUACUGAUGGAGUCGUCCCGGAUUCUCUAGGAGGAGGGUCCGCAACUGCGAGCCAGGGAGAACCCGGGACAUCAGCACCUGCUGCCGGGUGAGGGGAGACCCCGGGCUUGAGAGUGAGAUGGCGCUUAAUGGGUGCUUCAGUUUGGACUACCAUGGCAACCCCCACCCAGGGGACUUGAUUGAAGUGUUCCGUCCUGGUUAUCAGCACUGGGCGCUGUACUUGGGUGAUGGUUAUGUCAUCAACAUAGCACCUGUAGAUGGCAUUCCUUCAGCAUUUACAAGUGCCAAGUCUGUGUUCAGCACAAAGGCCCUGGUGAAGAUGCAGCUCUUGAAGGAUGUGGUAGGAAAUGACAAAUACCGAAUAAACAAUAAAUAUGAUGAAAUGCACCCCCCUCUCCCUGUGGAUGAAGUCAUGCAGCGGUCAGAGUUUGUUAUUGGACAAGAGGUGGCAUAUGACUUACUGGUCAACAACUGUGAGCAUUUUGUGACUUUGCUUCGCUAUGGAGAAGGGGUUUCAGAGCAGGCCAACCGAGCAGUAAGUACCAUUGGAUGGGUGACAGCUGCUGUUGGUGCCUUCUCAUUCCUGGGCUUGUUUUCAAAAAGACAAAGAGCAAAAUACUAUUAACAAUUUAUUGAAGAGAUAUUGGAACUGAAGGAAUUUGUGAGGAGGAAAAUAAAAAAAAAAAAAACCUGGAAUCUUUCAACGCAUCAUUAUUGUUCCAAAUUCUGAUGAUGGAUAGCAGGCUCUUUAACAAAUUGCUUUCUGAUAUUAUCUUA